AUGGACAAGAUCUCAAUCACCAUCUGUGGAGAUGGCGGAUGCGAGGACUCGUACUCUGUCACCCGUAAUGUCGAUGGUCUCCCCUAUUUCCUGUCCAUCACCGAUACAGCCGGCCAGGAGGAAUACCGCGGCCUCUGGACGGCGUCUACGUUGAAAUCCGAUGCAUUCCUCCUGGUCUACGAUAUCACCAAUCCCUCGAGUCUCGAAACACUGGACCAUUUCAUGGACAUGAUCAACAUGGAGGCCGAGCAACGCGUGGAGGACAAUGAGCGAUUGCGCAAGGAAUUCGGCCGCCAGGAUCCAGGGACUCAAGUCGGCAUGCCCCCGCCGGUCAAGAUCCUCGCGGGCAACAAAUGCGAUCUGAAAGAUGAUCGCGCGGUGACCUCACGCGACGGGCUCGAGUAUGCGCGCAAACAUGGAUGCGGAUUCAUGGAAACCAGUGCGCGUGAAAUGGUCAACAUCGAGGAGACAUUUUCCCCCAGGCUAACGGUGGUAGAUCUGGUUCGUCGCGUGAUCGAAGCCCGUCGAGUUCAUUGUCAACCAGAUACACCACAACCUCCCCAAUGCGCCGAGCCGAUACCCACGACGGCGUUACCGCCGACCACUGUAGAUGCCACGACUGAGGGUCGAACCCGAACGCGUGUUUGGCGACUCUUCCAAUGUCGGAAGACAACGGAACCACGCGAGGAUCAGGGAUCGAGUGCAAUGGCGACAGAAAAACAAACAAAAACACGUGGGUUCUGUUGUUUCCGGUAG